AUGAAUACAAAUGAAAUGAGAGGAACCAAAGUUGAGCCUGUUUCAGGGCCUUCAAACUUGCCUAAUGGAGUUAGAGUCUUGAGCUUUGAUGAUGCUCAGAAGGCCGCUAUAACAUUACGGGAGGCCUUUAAAGAAGAUUCGUUAGACAAAUAUCUUUUCGUUCAUUUGAGCCAGGAAGAGAAAGAGAGCUGCGAGCUCCUUUUAUAUGAGGCAUAUUUUAGACAACAUGUUGCAACCGGUAUUUGCGUGGGUAUUAAUGAAACGGAUGAUGCAUUCGAAACAGUCGCUGUUUGGUCGACUCCAGAGUCUAUAGAUAAAGGGCUAGAGGAUUUUAGCGUCAUGAUGUCCUCGGGGUAUGGUAACCUUUGGAACGCAGUUGGCGAAGAGGGUAGAGUAAAAAUAUUUGAUCGAAUGAUGCCUUUGCUACAUGGCUCCUUUGCCACUAUAAUGGAAUCCGAUGCGAGAUUUAGAACAAAGCAGCCCUUCACUUUAGUUUAUUUAGGAUCUAUUAAAGCUGCGCGAGGAAAAGGGAAUGUCAGAAAAAUGUUUGACUUUAUGUUCCGCAAUUACAUUGAUGUCCAUGAUAACAGUUUCUGUUACUUAGAGAGCUCUUCUAAAACAAACAUUCCUAUAUACGAAAAGUUUGGAUUUAGAUUUUAUCAAGACAUCAUGUUAGGUAAAAAGGAAGCUGAUUCAGUUGAGGGUAAAGAUUAUUCCAUAAUGAAUGUAAUGAUAAGAGACAGUCGUGGAAAUGAGUGGGAGCACUCGAAAUACAGUCCAAAAAUCUGA